UUCCGACCCACUUGGCUUACGUCGCCUGAUGCGAGCUCCUCACAGACAGCCCAGGCGAGUACUCAAAGCAAUGGUAUCUUUUCAUUAUUGGUGCACUCUUCUCACGGCCUUCCACCCUCCGGCAAAGUUUUGAGCGCAAGUUUCCAAUCGGACAACUCGCUGGUCAUAGCGGGACGUCGCGUGGCGCAAGUGGUUCAUCCGUCUGAAAUCAUGUGCACAGUCUGGUCCAGACGACGAGCUGGAAUGCAAUUAUGCAAAAACAUGCAUGUGCUUUGA